AUGGCAGACGUGAAAUCUAAUUCCAGGUUCUUGAUUUCAUAUCCAAGCGCUAGCCGCAAGGAAGAAGAGAGAAACAGCAUUUACUGUGAGAAAGAAACCAUUCAUCAGCAAUCAACUGUUGACAUUCCAGAAAAUGUUGACACCAUUCUGAAGGGGCGCACAGUGAUUGUGAAGAGGCCCGGAGGAACCCUGCAAAGGGACUUCAAUCAUGUUACUGUGAAACUCGGCCUCUUGGGAAAGAGGAAGAAGGGGCUUCGUGACAAAUGGUAGGGAAAUCACAAGAAACUGGCCACUGUUUGUAUCACCUGUAGUCACGUACGGAAUAUGAUCAAGGGAGUUACACCCAGCUUCCGGCACAAGGCGAGAUCAGUGUAUGCUCACUUCCCCAUCAACGUGGUAAUCCACAACUCGCUGGGUGAAAAGUACAUCGGAAAGGUUCGGAUGAGGUCAGCUGUGGCUUCUUCAGUGUCUCAAGCCCAGAAAGAUAAGUUAGUCCAUGAAGGACUUGUUUCAAAUUCAGCUGCUUUGAUUCAGCAGACAAUCACAGUUAAAAAUAAGGAUAUCAGGAAAUUUGGGGAUGGUAUCUAUGUCUCUGAAAAAGGAACAGUUCAACAGGCUGAUGAGUAA